AAACAGAGAAAAACAAAAACCAUAACCUUACUAUAUAUACCUCUCAACAACAGAAACCUUUUGGUUUUCCAUCUCUACAACCACACCCAUUUCCUUUCUAUUGAUGCUCCUCCUCCUUCGUCAUCUUCUUGUUCCUCAACUGCACAAGAGAACUUGUUUGCUCCACUCAUUGCCUGACGUUGGAUUUGACUGAAUUGACAGUCAUGAGGGUGUUCAUUUCAGCUGUCUUCCUUUUUGUCUUUUUUUCUCUUGGCGCUGCCUAUGAUCCGUUGGACCCAAAUGGGAACAUAACCAUCAAAUGGGACAUCAUGUCUUGGACACCCGAUGGCUAUGUGGCAGUAGUCACGUUGAACAACUUCCAAAUGUACCGGCAUAUAAUGAGCCCUGGGUGGACAAUGGGGUGGACUUGGGCGAAAAAGGAAGUGAUAUGGUCGAUGGUGGGGUCGCAGACAACGGAGCAAGGCGACUGCUCCAAGUUCAAAGGAAACAUUCCUCACUGCUGCAAGAAAAACCCCACUGUUGUGGAUUUGAUGCCUGGUGUUCCUUACAACCAACAGUUUACAAACUGCUGCAAAGGUGGGGUUGUGGCUGCUUGGGGACAAGACCCUCAAGCUGCUAUUUCAGCCUUUCAGCUUAGUGUUGGCCAAGCAGGUACUUCAAACAAGACUGUCAAGCUCCCCAAGAACUUCACUUUGCUCGGUCCCGGCCCCGGAUACACUUGUGGCCGUGCAAAAGUUGUGCCUUCCACCACUUUCCUCACACCCGACCGUCGCCGCAAAACUCAAGCUUUGAUGACUUGGAAUGUGACUUGCACUUACUCUCAGUUUCUAGCAAGAAAGAAUCCUAAUUGUUGUGUUUCUUUCUCAUCUUUCUACAAUGAUACGAUUACAUCUUGUCCAUCUUGUGCCUGCGGUUGCCAAAACAAGAACAAUUGUGUACAGAAUGAUUCUAAGAUUCUUAAACUGGUUGGAAUCAAUACACCAAGGAAAGACAAUGCCCCGUUGCUGCAUUGCACACAUCACAUGUGCCCUGUUCGAGUUCACUGGCACGUAAAGCAAAAUUACAAGGAAUAUUGGCGGGUGAAGAUCACCAUCACAAACUUCAACUACCGAAUGAACUAUUCACUUUGGUCUCUUGUUGUCCAGCACCCGAAUCUGAACAAUGUAACACAAGUUUUCAGCUUUGACUAUAAACCCCUUGUUCCCUAUGAAUCGAUUAAUGAUACAGGAAUGUUUUAUGGGAUGAAGUUCUAUAACGACCUUCUUAUGGAAGCGGGGCCAUUUGGGAAUGUACAAUCAGAAGUGUUGUUGCGAAAAGACCAGAAUACGUUCACUUUCAAGCAGGGAUGGGCAUUUCCUCGAAAAGUUUACUUCAAUGGUGAUGAGUGCAUGCUUCCGCCACCCGACACAUACCCUUUCCUGCCAAACGCUGCCCGACAAAGGCCCAUUGCCCUCUCAUCUUCAAUUACUUUGCUGCUGCUAUUGCUUCUGCUAGCUAUUUGCUGAGACCCAUUUUAGAAUUGUUAAGAGAGAUUGUAAUGUAACUUUUAAGUGGCCAAGUCCAUAUUUUUGACACAUAGGAACAAAUCACAGGUAUACUACAACUCAAGUUCAAAAUGGAGAAUGUCAUAUGGAUGAAGAAUUUACACU